AUGAUCGCGCACCGGAAAAGAAUACUGCCAGUGCUAGUCGCUUCAACCCUCCUCUUGCUCGCCUUCUUCUACCACAGCAACCCAGAUGGUGCCUACGUGCAAUGGGUGUCGUCGAUCGAGAGGCUCCCGGUGAAAUUGCCCGCGAAUAGAACAUUGGGUUUCGGUGCGGUGGUCGCGGUAUCAAAAGAGGGUUCGAGUCGCCGCCAUGCGCUCCUCCAGGCUGCAAACGUAACCGACAUCGACAUCACGAUACCCGUACAGCCCCAGUGGACCGAAGGAGACGUCGAGACCUUCCGCAACGGCGAGACGGACGACGUCCAGCGAGGUUCGAUACUCGCGUGGAUGGGCCAUCACAAUGCGCUGCGAUGGUUCCUCGAUUCUGGUCUAGAGACCGCGCUUAUUCUCGAAGACGAUGUCGACUGGGACAUCCGACUCCGCAGCGUUCAAGCCCCUCUGGCCGCCAGCGCCAUGCGAUCGCUACUCCCACCCGCUCGCCCAUACUCACCAUUCGCAAAAGUCGACGACCAAGACGCCCAGUACUGGGGCAACCAUGCCGACUGGGAUCUCCUCUACCUUGGACACUGCGGCGACUACUUCAUCGGCGUGACGUACGAAGGCAUCAUCCCGACCGGGAAAGAAUACACCAACCUCGACAACAACGGCCCUCACAAAAUCUACCGCGACAACACCCUCCCCGCGAAAUCCGACCUCCACCCCUUCACCCGCGAACUCUUCAACAAGCUCGGCCUCAGCGACCACCAGCGCGCGGUCCACCGCUCACGAUGGCCCCUAUGCUCCUUCGGCUACGCCGUGACACGCCCAGCAGCAGAGCGCCUCCUCACCGACCUCGCGCCGCCGAAACUCAAGCCAGGACGCCCGCGGGCCUUCGACGUAGCGCUCCUCCACGCCUGCUCUGAGGGCCGCAAGACCCCGUCGCCCACCGACCCCAACAACAACCCGCACCCGCACCCAAACCCCAAGCUACGAAACAAGUACGCGAGCGCUGGACUCCGCUGCUGGACCAUCAACUCGGAGCUCUUCCACCACAUGCCGGGCGAGAGCCAGAUCGCGCAGGUCGACGAGUCGUUCGGCGAGGACCCGCCGGGCAUGCCGCCCGUCGACUGGGCCGGCGUCCAGCAGGUGCUGUCCCGCAACGAGACCAUCAACAUCGACUGCGGGUUCUGGAACGGCGAGUUCGCGUUCGAGGACGGCGACUCGAAGACGCUGGAGACGCUGAGGGAGAACGUCGGAAGGCAGGGCAAGUGUCUGAAGCGCGGGAGACAUUGA